UAUGGGAAUCCAAUCCUACAAUAAAGACAUUAAUCUUCACACAAUCAUAAAUAAUCUUUGAUCCCCCAAACAGGGCAUCAAGUUUCAAGAAACGCCACCUAUUUCCAAUUCUGAUGAACUACUCCAACUCCCUAUUUUCCCUCCAUAUCUCACUCAAUUCAAUCACUUCACAAUCCUGUACUUAAUUCAUCUUAUAACCAUUUUCAAUUCCAUUCCAUUCCCAUAACCACCAAUCAAUGGCAUCCAAUUCCAUCUUUCUUCAUAUCCUACUUUCUAUAUUUCUUUCCUUUACCAUCACCAUAACAACGGCGGUCUCCACGCGCGAUACCGCCCUACUCCUUGGUGUCAAAACAACCCAAUUAGACGACCCCGAUUCCUUACUUUCAGACUGGGAGGAAUCCAAUUCCAAUUCCGUUUGUAACUGGAAUGGAAUCACUUGUAACAACAUCACCCAAGACAUCAUUUCCAUAGACUUUACAGAUUUCUCAACUCUUUCCGGCCCAUUUCCAUUAGACUUCUGCCGAAUUCCAUCACUCCGCCACCUCAACAUCUCUAACAACUUCUUCAAUGGUACCAUAUCAUCAUCUUCAUUUUCUCUUUGUUCACAUAUUGCUUUUUUAGAUAUUUCUAGUAAUAUAUUUGUUGGAAAGUUACCCGAAUUCGAUAAGUUUGUUAACUUAACAUUCCUUAAUGCUUCUUAUAACAACUUCACAGGAGAAAUACCGGAAAGUAUUGGAAACUCUUUGUCGUUAGAACUUUUAGAUUUGUCUUCAAAUUUAUUUUUGGGACCUAUUCCGGAAUCUUUAACAAACUUAACGAAUUUAAACACUUUCCUCGCGCCAGAUAACUUUGAUUUAUCUGGCGCGUUACCAGAUAAUUUAGGAAACUUAAAAAAACUUGAAAUCUUCCGGAUUUCAAAUACUAAAUUAUCUGGUAAAAUACCUGAUUCCAUAGGUGAUCUAGUUUCCAUAAAAAGUAUUGAUCUAUCAGCUAACAAGCUAGCUGGAAACAUUCCAGCUAGUAUCGGAAAGCUGACAACUUUAGAACAUUUAUGGUUAUACAACAACGUUUUAUCCGGUGAAAUCCCGGAUGUUUUUAAGAAUUUAACUUCCUUGCUUGAAUUCGAUUCGUCACAAAACAACUUAACUGGCAAGUUACCAAUAAGUCUAGCUGGUUUGCAGCUGACGUCAUUGUGUGUUAAUGAUAACCAGCUAGAAGGUGAAAUUCCAAAUAUUCUUGGCUCGAAUUCGGUACUUGUUCAGUUAAAGUUGUUUAAUAACCGUUUUUCGGGUAGUUUACCUGAGGAAUUGGGAGAACUUUCUGAUCUAGAAGAGUUUGAUGUGUCUGGUAAUCAGUUUGAAGGUUUAUUGCCUUUAAAACUUUGUAAUAAAAAAAAGUUGCAAAAGUUUAAUUGUUUUAACAAUAGAUUUUCGGGUGGGAUACCGGUGUCUUAUGGUGAUUGUGAAUCUAUAUAUUGGGUUCGUAUAGCAAAUAAUGAAUUGUCUGGAGAGAUUCCUGAGGGAUUAUGGGGGUCAUCUGGACUUGUGCAUAUAGAUGCUAGUAAUAAUAGAUUCAAUGGGUCAAUUCCCGGUUUGGUUUCGAAGUCUAAGUGGUUAACGACUUUGAAAGUAUCCGGAAAUGGAUUUUCUGGGGAGUUGCCAGAUGGUAUAUGUGGUUUGAAGGAGAUAGUUGAGAUGGAUUUAAGUGAUAAUCUGUUUUCGGGUCAACUUCCUACAUGUUUGACCGGUUUGAAGAAGUUGGAGAAGCUUAAUCUUCAAUCAAAUAGGUUCAUUGGUGAGAUUCCGAAUGUUUUGAGUUCUUGGAAAGAGCUUUCAAGUUUAAAUCUUUCUAAUAAUAAGUUGAACGGGGAAAUUCCUGAUCAGAUUGGGAAUUUACCCGUUUUGAACUAUUUGGAUCUUAACAGAAAUUUGCUUUCUGGUAAGAUCCCGGCUUCAUUGACUAAACUCAAACUUGAUAUACUUAAUCUUUCAUAUAACAAUUUUGAAGGGGAAAUACCUAUGGGUUUAGAUUCAGAAGUUUAUGUGUCAAGCUUAAUAGGUAACCCGCAUUUAUGUAGCCAGGAUCUCAAAGCGUUUCCUAGAUGCCACAAGACAAAAAAGAUAAGCUAUUACUUGGUGGGAAUUCUCUCGGGCUUAGCUUUUUUUCUUAUUGCGUCGCUUCUUUGGCUUGUGAUCAGGACUAAAUUGUAUCGGAAAAGAAAGAGUUUAUGGAAGAUCACAUCUUUCCAAAAAGUCGGCUUUAAAGAGCAAGAUGUGUUGGUUUCGUUAAUGGAAAGCAACGUUAUUGGAAUGGGUGGGUCGGGCAAGGUAUAUAGAGUGACCCUCAAGACAGGACAAACCGUGGCGGUUAAGAAGCUAUUUGGAGUCCACCGGAGCUCACAAAAUGAGCCAGAGUUUUGGUCCGAGAUGGAGACUUUGGGUAGAAUUCGACAUAAGAAUAUUGUGAAGCUUUUGUUUGGUAGUGUUGGGGAUGAUUUUAGAGCUUUGGUAUAUGAGUAUAUGGAGAAUGGGAGUUUAGGUGAUAUGUUACAUAUAGAUCCAAAAGGUGGGUUUUUGUUAGAUUGGAACAAGAGGUAUGAAAUUGCUCUUGGAGCUGCUCAAGGGUUGGCUUAUCUGCACCAUGACUGUGUGCCUAGUAUCGUCCAUCGGGAUGUUAAGUCUAAUAAUAUUCUGUUGGACCAUGAGUUUAGUCCACGGGUUGCUGAUUUUGGUCUAGCCAAGACGUUGCAGUUUGAAGAGGAAGAGACUGAGGCAGCCAUGUCUCGUAUAGCUGGUUCAUAUGGUUACAUUGCACCAGAAUAUGCAUACACGAUGAAAGUUACUGAAAAGAGCGACGUUUAUAGUUUUGGGGUGGUGCUAAUGGAACUAGUAACGGGUAAAAGGCCAAACGAUCCCUCUUUUGGUGAAAACAAGGAUAUCGUGAAAUGGUUAACAGAGGCUGCCCUAUCUUCGCCUGACAAAUCAAGUGAUGGUAGCUGGACAGAUUUGGAUCAAAUUAUCGAUCCAAAAAUGAACCCAUCAAGUUGUGACUAUGAAGAAAUCGAGAAGGUGUUGGAUGUAGCUCUUCAAUGUACUGCAAUGUUGCCAAUCAACAGGCCAUCCAUGCGAAGAGUUGUUGAGUUGCUCAAAGACCAACCGACGACACCUUCAAAAUGAUGGUAUUUUCAUAACGAUACCCAAUCACACAUGUAUCAAAUAUGGUGGUCUUUUGCAAAUUGUAAUUUUUUUCCAUGUGUACGAAGUUUAGAUUUCGGGUGCAUCAAACAUGACAUUGCUUAGUGAUUUGUAAUCAUAAUUUUGUCAAGUUUGAGUACUUUUUAGCA